AUGGAAGAGAUCAUUAAAGAACGCGCCGAGGAUCCAACUCAAACACAUGAAAAUUUCCGUCUGUACCUCAGUUCGAUGCCGGCUAAGUCGUUCCCCAUUGGUGUCCUUCAGAAUUCCGUAAAAGUAACCAAUGAGCCGCCAAAGGGCAUCAAGGCAAACGUUCGCAGGGCCUUGAAUGACAUGGCAAACGAGUAUUUCGAAGACAGCGUCCUAGGCAAUGACUGGCGCAAGAUCGUCUUCGGCAUCUGUCUCUUCCACGCAGUCAUUCUGGAGCGUAGGAAGUUCGGUCCGCUGGGAUGGAACAUCCGAUACGAAUUCAAUGACUCCGACCGCGAAUGCGCUCUGCUCAAUCUCAAUCUUUUCUGUGGCGAAAAAGGCAUUGCCUGGGAUGCUCUUACCUACAUAACUUCUGAGGCAAGUCCUGGGUGUUUGAAAUCUCUUGACCUCACGAACAUGUUUGUCCACUUCAUGGCAAGCUGUCAUUUAGGGCUUGUCCUGGGAGAGGGGGCCUCGCGGACCCUCGUGCCAGAAUCAUCCUGGCCAGUCAUCCUGGAAUCGGGCUUCAAGUUCUCCGCAUCGGGCAUCUUCUAUCCUCCGGAUGUCGAGAAGCUUGCAGAUUGUCGCGAAUAUGUUGAGACCUUCCCAAUUCAGGACUCAACGGAGCUCUUCGCUAUGCAUGAGAACGCUAAUCUUGUCUUCCAGCAAAAAGAAACCCGAACCCUACUUCGUACAAUCCUCGAGAUCCAGCCUAAGGCUGGAGGUGGAGAGAAAGGUCAAACACCCGAUGAUAUCGUCUUCGACCUGGCCGGUGAUAUACUGGAAAGAUUACCCGAAAAGAUUGAUAUUGAGCAAGCCAAGCCUGAUCAUUUUAUACCGGACGCAAAGGGACGCACUAACUCACUCACCACGGUGCUCACGCAAGAGGUCUCACUGGAGCAGCUGCAGAAGGCAGUAAAGGGUUUCGUGGUGAUGUCGGAGCAGCUGGAAAUGAUCUACUUCUCGUUUCUGUUGAAUUCCGUUCCUGAGCACUGGGAAAAUUCAGCGUAUCCCAGUCUGAAACCUCUCAGUGGCUGGGUAAAGGAUCUUAUUCUGCGCUGUGAAUUCAUUCGCACAUGGAUGAUCAGCGGACAACCAAAGUCUUUCUGGCUUUCCGGCUUCUUCUUCCCUCAAGGUGAGUACACAUCUCAGGAAAGUCUUUUGGUAUAUUUUAACUUGACCCUCCCUACUAGUAGUUUAGUGAACUUUUGGUUGUCUUAUUUGAUGGACGAUUUCUCAAGCACACAUAUUACAUCAUAG